GGCGGUAAGUUAUGUAACAAAUCAAAAUGAACACACGAAUAAGAAAUGGCUGCGCAGAAAGCUGCGCAACUGUCGUUUUUUCAAUCAUGAAUGAUGGAGGCGAAUGUUUUGAUGGAGUCUAGGGACUAACUAGAUGAAUUUGUUGGCGUAACACCACACUACAGUCGCCGGUUUGUGGUUUAAAAAUAUACCCGCUGCAUCAACCGAUGUGCAAUAACAGUUCUGUGACGAAUUUAAUUUGACUAAGCAAGAAGUGGUCGGUUAGCUAAUAUCGUUUACUGCGGCGGCCUAGCUAGCAUUAGCUAGCGCUGUGAAGUUGGGACAGUCCUUUCAUUUCAUGAGCUCACUGUGAGGGCCUCUUUUAACCUGCUGUGCUUUCCAUGAUACUACAGCUCCACCUGGAAUUAUUUCAUUAUCACUGUGGCUAUAUUGAUCAAAGCUUAUCGUACCUUUAGUGGAAGUCAGAUCCUCGGAAAGCCAGAGUGAGUACGGCUUCUUGAGAACAAAUCAAGGGGAAGUGGUUAUCCAUGUCCACGAGCUACUGCAGAUUAAUAAUCUUUAAUAACAUCAGCAAACAUGUCUUUAGUCGCCUAUGGCAGCAGUGAUGAUAGUGACUCCGAGGAAACCUCCACUUCUGCCGCACCGGAGAGCAAAGUCAGCGCAGGAGGGCUCUUCUCUCUCCUGCCUGCUCCUAAAAAGCCAGGAUCUGCAGGUGGAAACGAUGGACCAAGAAAGGAGACAAAAGCAAACCCUUCAGCUGGGGACAGCACGUCAAACGAUGACCUACAUCCUCCACCAUCUAAAGGAGGCUUCCUUUCUAGUCUGCCUAAGCCGAGGAAGCGAACAGAGCCUGUCAAGAUCACUGUACCAGAGAUCCAGAGACACGAUUCAGACUCUGAUGAUGAUGAACCAGCAAAAAAGAAACUACAACCUCAGGGUGCAGGCUCAGGCCUGGCUGCCCUUCUGCCACAACCCAAAAACCUGACCGUGAAAGAGACUGACAGAGCCCUGAUUCCUCAUGCACUCACCAAACGGCAAGAACCCAAAGGACCCAAGCCUGGAACGCCUGCUCAGGGUCUGCUUGGUUCUAGUGCGUCUCCCUCUGCUAUCAAAGCUGCAGCAAAGUCAGCCGCCCUGCAGUUGGCUAGACAAAUAGCCGCUGAUGACCAGGAUAAUGAGGAUGACAUAACCCCACAGAACUACUUCUCCCUAGGUGAAAGCUCCCAGCCCCUCCCUGCAGUCAUCCCAAGCUUAAACCCUGAGCCAGGAGCCCCUGCAGAGCCACCUCCUAUUGCAGCUGCUGAUGAGCCUGGUCAGUCAGAUGCCCCUCUUGACUUUGGGGGGAACCACGAGGGAGCUGGUGCAUGGGGAAGUCAAUAUUCUCAAUAUCAGCAGCCCAUGACAGGCCCAGAAGCUUUCCCUCAGGAAUACUAUAAUGAGUCAUAUUACCAAGAUCCUAACCCCGGAUUGUCGGAGGAGGCUGAAGAGCCUGGCCACUCUGCCAUGUUUGAUGAUGAAGCGUUCAUGCGGCUGCAGGGGAAAAGAAACAGAGGCAAAGAGGAGGUGAAGUUUCUGGAAAUCAAGGGAGAUGACCAGCUCAGUGGCAACCAGCAGUGGAUGACCAAGAGCAUGACAGAAGAGAAACAGACUCGCCAGUCCUUCAGCAAGAAAAAAGGAGAACAACCUACAGGACAACAGCGGCGCAAGCACCAGAUAACAUAUCUCAUUCACCAGGCAAAGGAACGUGAGCUGGAGCUGAAGAACAGCUGGGCAGAUAACAAGCUAUCACGCCGGCAGACCCAGGCCAAAUACGGUUUCUAAAUGUCACGCUGCGGACUCUUGGUGACAUGUGCAAACCCUGCAUCAGAAAGUAGAGUAGAGCUUUCCAGAUUUCCCAAACAAACGGAAGGUUGUGUUUGGGGAAGAACAGUAUAGAUACCUUAAUACAGAUUUUUCCUCUUUUCCUCCAUCCUGCAUUUGUGUUGAACUGUUAAUAUUCAAUAGUUGUUUUGGUCAACUGUUUGAUAAGGUGUUACUUCCACAUUGAAAAUCCAGUUACAGCCAUUAAACUCUCCUUUGACUGUAGUUUAUCAUGAAUAAACAUUAUUUCACUUAUUUUCUAAACUGGCACUAUAACUAUAAAUAAUAGUGUAAAGGUGUUUUUAAGAUACCUUUGGUUAGUCAGUGGCAGAGAGGAUGUAAUGUGACCCUGAAGUGGCCAUUACAAUUUUUUUUCCCCCCUUUUGAAUAUGUUAUUCCUGUUCAUAUGUUCGUGGACAUUGAUGUAUGAAUGAAUGAAUGAUGUAUGUGACGUCCCUAUUUAAAAGGCUUGGUUCUCUGGCAAUCAUACAAAUAUCAGUAAAUGUUGAUAAUGACAAAAGAACUGGAGUCAUGAGAAAGCUCUGACACAUAUACAUACAUACAUACAUACACACAAUCAUAUUUAUAGGUUGAAUCAACAACUUUGUAAUGAAAAAUAAAAAUGAUAAUGGAAAACAAACAUGUUGCAUUUGCUCAUAAAAGUGCAUAUCUGAGUGGCCAUUAUUAUUUAUCCCCGGUUAUUAUUUUUUUUAUUGAUAAAUUGCCAGAGAACCAAACCUGCAUUUCAGUUCUUUAGUGACGAUCAGGCUAGAGAACCAUAUGAUUUUUUUUAAUCAUUAAACAAGAACUUUACCUCAGUUUCACUUGGUUGAAUCCAGCGUGCAUCCUCCAGGUUCAGUACAUCUCGCAAAAAUCCCAAUAAUGGGUCUUUGCUGAAUUGAUGAGCCCCUGAUCCUUGAGAUUCCCAAAAUGAGGAAUGCAUUUAUGUGAAGCUGAUGUUUUAUUUUAGCUGGUUGAGAGGAGGCUUUUACAAUAUUUCUUUCUCCUGCUCCAGUUUUUGGCAAAUUCUGUCAUCAUAAUGAAUCAGGAAUAUCUGUGUAUAUGUCUUGUCCACAGCCGGUGUGCCAGAAUGUUUUGAAUAAGCUGAAUACUUUUUGUUAAGGGAAAAUGCUAUGAACUGUGCAGAAGUGAAACAAAAUACUGCCGCCCUCUCCAGCUCUGGAGAAUAUCGCAGGUAUCUUCGGUCUUUUAGACAUAAAGGUGCGUGUUGCUUCAAAUCCUCCCACACUGCAAAGAAGCCUUUUUUUAAUGGCUUUUCAUGGAGGCGUUGACAUCAUUGUAAAGUCUACCAUGUUUUCCUUUUUACUUUAUCAAAGCAAUAGGUUGAAAACCCUCCAUCAGUAUUCUGUUAGUUCUUAAAGAGUAGCAAUGUGAAUUCAUGGGCCAGCUUACUACUACAUGCACUAUUUCAUAUACAUUGGAUUUCGCAAAGAGCUCCACAUGUAAACUAUGGCUGGGUACCAGUAGUGGCUCACUGUACCAACACGUGCGCAACCUGAUCUGCCUCAAAGCCUAAUCUGAUGUUUGGCAGACAUAUCUUAAAUAUACUAGCAGUCCAAGGAUUGCUUUGAAAUGUUAUAUUUAGAUCACCUGCAGUGCUUGUGUAAUAUAUCUCAGAGACAGGAAUAUAAAUUACAGAGCUUCAUCUGGUUACUUUGUGAGCUCGGGAUUUUUCUUAUUGUUGCACCUUACCCUCGAUUUCCCUUAAGACAGUACAAAGAACAUUUGCUCUAAAGCUCUCUAUAAUUAGCAAAUCUCUUUAAUGUAUCAUUAGUCACAUACACACAGGAUUGGUAAGACAUGCCACGGUACUCUGACCUGAGCAGAUUGGAGGGGUGGGGGGCUCCUAAUGUUAAGUUAGUUGGGCAACGCUGGGAAAGACCUUUUUGUGUUUACCUUAUUCUUUUGUUUAUGAGUGUUGUGCAGUUAAACUUGAUCAAUAAAUCUUUUCCUUUCCUGGCUCCGUACCUUUAAAGGCCACUGGGCAGUUUUUUUUAUUAUAACUAGUAUCACAAUGAUGCAGAUGAAGUAAAAUAAUAAACACAAUCAGUUUAUCCCACUAUAAUUAACAUGAUGAACAUAAUUCCCCAACACAACACUGCAUUUUCCUCCCAUAGCAUUUUCUAAACAUUGUGGUCAGCCUACUGAGGAAACAUAACCUUUUAUUUCCCACCAUAUCAAAUAACACUGUAUUUACAGUGGUCCUAAAAUUA